AUGCUGUUUUUACACUCACCUUCCGAAUUUGCCCUGUAUUUUAAGUAGCCUCAGCUGUACAGCUACACCGAGGAGCCUGAGCUCAGCACCAACAGGAGAUGCUUCGAGGAGGAUUUUCACGCUCAAGUGCAGGGCAGGAGGUGGCUGGAGCUGGACGGGGCUCAGCAGAAGGCCUACGUCAUGCGCCUGCUGGAUGGGCUGGAGGUGGUCAACAGGGACAAGCGGCUCAAAGUAGCACGGGCCAUCCUCUACCUGGCACAGGGGGUCUUCGGAGACUGCGAUAACGAAGGUGAUGUCCUGCACUGGUCUCGGCACAACAGCUUCCUCCUGUACCGGCUGGGAACCUUCACUGCCUUCCUGGAGCUCCUCAACAUGGAGAUUGACAACAGCCAGGCCUGCAGCAGCGCCCUGAGGAAGCCGGCCAUCUCGCUGGCCGACAGCACGGAGCUCAGGGUACUGCUCAGCGUCAUGUACCUGAUGGUGGAGAACAUCCGUGUGGAGCAGGAGGCGGAUCCUCCCGAGUGGAAAACCUGCCGGGAGACCUUCAGGAUGGAGCUGAGUUUCCCUGUGCACACUGAAGAGCCGUUUGCUCUUCUGCUCUUCACAAUGGUGACCAAAUUCUGCAGUGGCCACGCUCCACACUUCCCCAUGAAGAAGGUCCUGCUCUUGCUCUGGAAGGUGCUUCUGUUCACGCUGGGUGGAUUUGAAGCCCUGCAGGCGAUGAAGGUGAGGAAGCGGGAGGAGCUGGGGCUGCCGCCCUUGCCGGAGGACAGCAUUCAAGUGAUGCGCAGCAUGCGCGCCGCUUCACCUCCCACCUACUCCAUCGAGCUCAUGGAGCAGCAGCAGCAGAAGCGUGGUCACCGCAGCCGGAGGCCCCUGGUGAAGCAAGACAGUUUGGAUAUCUACAACGAGAGAGAUCCCUUCAAGAAUGAUGAAGCAGGAGUCGACGAAGAGGAGAACGAUGAUGUGGACAGCGGGAUCGAGGGGGAACUGGACCUGAUGGAGCGGGAUGCGAUUAUCCCCACAAUGCCUGCUCAGCGCCCGCCUAUCGAAAGGGUGUCAUUCCCCAAAGGGCUCCCCUGGGCCCCCAAAGUCAGACAGAAAGACAUCGAGCAUUUUCUGGAAGCAAGCAGGAACAAAUUCAUUGGAUUCACGCUGGGACAAGACACCGAAACCCUGAUAGGGCUACCACGGCCCAUCCAUGAAAGCGUGAAGACACUGAAGCAGCACAAGUACGUUUCCAUCUCAGACGUCCAGAUCAAGAAUGAGGAGGAGCUGGAGAAGUGCCCCAUGUCUCUGGGGGAAGAGGAAGUCCAAGAAACCCCUUGUGAGAUCUUGUAUCGAGCAAUGUUGUACAAUCUCCCCCAGUAUAUGAUAGCUUUGCUGAAGAUCCUCCUUGCUGCAGCACCCACCUCCAAAGCCAAGACUGACUCCAUCAACAUCCUGGCAGACGUGUUGCCUGAAGAGAUGCCCAUCACCGUUCUUCAGAGCAUGAAACUGGGGAUUGAUGUGAACAGACACAAAGAGAUCAUUGUGAAGAGCAUCUCGGCUUUGCUGCUGCUGCUCCUCAAGCACUUCAAGCUGAACCACAUCUACCAGUUUGAGUACGUGUCCCAACAUUUGGUGUUUGCCAACUGCAUCCCGCUGAUCCUGAAGUUCUUCAACCAAAACAUCAUGUCUUAUAUCACUGCCAAAAACAG